AACUUUUUAAAUGCGAUGCUUUUAACUUUUGCGAUCACUUAAUCGACACAACAUAAAGAUUCUCACUCUUACGGAGUUGACUGUCAACUAUAGCUAAUACAAGUUCAUCAACGAAAGUUAAACAGUUCCUAUUAGAAACAGUUAUGUUAUUUAUUUUAUUUAUUUUCAACGUUUCUUCCCAUUAGUUGCCAUUAAAAAGUGAACCCGCAAAAUGAUCAAGUGUGAUAUUCAAAGAAACAUCAUUUUUUACCUUUGAUUGGUCCAAAUUUAUUAUUAAUUUUGAACCAAAAUCUUCAAGUUUUUUUUCUCUGUAACAAAUCAAUGAAAACAAAUCUGGCCAAAGUUGAAACCAACAAUAGUGAACAAAACCACCGAUCACAACAGUCAUAAGAAUUGCUUUUUUCAUCAACAAUUUUAACAAACAAAAACAAUGACAAUUUUACAAAAAUCAAGCAAAUUUCUGUCAACAAUCUAGCAAUAAGAGUAAAUUAAUAUCUUACAAUAUAGCUUAAUGUUUAUUAUUAUAAAAUUAUUGUCAAAUUUAGAUUGAAAUACAACUAGAAGACAAGAAAAUAUAUGAAAAACAAAAUUUGAAAUCGUUUGAGAUUUCGUUUUGUUUCAUCAAAAUUAUGGUGACAACUCAACCAUUUACCGUGUUAAUUGUGUUCCUAAUAUUAACAAUUUGUUCACAUCAAUCCCUAACUGAACAUCAAAAUGGUGAAAAUCAUUCAAAAAUUUAUCCCGAUAAAAGAGACUCAUUAACAGCUUCAUCUUUAGCCCAACUUUCACCUUCAACAUCUGUAUCUUCAUCAUUGCAAUCAUUGUCACCUACACGUGGACGCAACUGUUCAAGUUGCAUGUUACUAGACGAUGCCAAACAACGUCGCAUCCGAAGCAUCAAAUGGCAGAUAUUGAAUAAACUUGGCUUUAAAAAUGAACCCAACAUUACACGCCGAGACAAUCUGGAAGUACCACCAUUAAAAGAUAUAAUAGCCUCUUCACCAAUCCCGUUAUCACCACUUUCCUCACUAUCAACUUUCUCUUCACCUUCAUCCUAUCACUCAUCAGACCCAACAAUUCAAUAUGAUACUAAAAGAUUACAUGAAAUGUAUUCAAAGGAUGAAUUAAUGUCCUCCGAUCAAGCUUACCCCAAUUCCGAGGAUUAUGAUGACGAUUCAGAAGAUUUUUACGUAAACACAGAUAAAGCAAUUAGCUUUGCAAUGAAACCUCCGGAGAAUUGGAGUUUUCUUAAGGGCAUUAAAAGCCAGUAUUUCAAGUUUUCGCCCAACGUUGUUAAUGCUCAUCUUGCCAGUGCUCAUCUUUGGGCUUUUAUUCAACCCAAACGAUCACCAGGAACCGGAUCAUCAGAUUCAUCUGGACAUUAUGACCUCUCUAGACCCAUUAAUGUAACUGUAGUUGUUUACGAGGUGCGAAAGUCUCGUGAACCAGUUUCACUUCUCAAUAUACGUUCAAAAAAAUUGGUUCUCGAUGGACGCAAAGGACGCUGGGUUACAUUAGAUAUAAGACGCUUGGUUACGGAAAGGUUUAGAAACUCUAACGGUAAUUUUGGCCUGGUUAUCCAUGCUUACGAUGAAAGAGGACGCAGUCUUCAUGUAACCAGUCCAUAUGAUGGUGAAAAUCAUUCCCAGCGGACUUUCAUUGAAUUAUCGACCACAACUAGGAAAGCCAAUAGGGUUCGUCGUGAAACUGGACUUCGAUGUGAGGAAGGCUCGAAAGAGAUCAAUUGUUGUCUGCAUCCAUUGACUGUUGAUUUUGAAGAGUUUGGUUGGGAUUGGAUUAUAGCACCUAAACGAUAUGAGGCUAACUUUUGUUCCGGUGAAUGUCCAUACAUGUUUCUCCAAGACAAUAACCAUGCUCAUCUUGUCCAACAAGCCAACCCAUCGAUGUCAACCGGGCCAUGUUGUACUCCACGAAAAAUGAGCUCCAUAUCGAUGCUCUACUAUGAUGAUAACAAUCAAAUUAUCCUUGGUACCUUAAAAGGGAUGAAAGCUGAAAGGUGUGGAUGUGCUUAGCCAAAUGACCUGACGAUUGUUCACAUUACAAGGAUAAUGAGACUUGGAUCAAUGACAAUUAAUUAGAAACCAAUUAACAAGAAAUUUAACAAAGAAAGAAGAAAUAAAUAAAAAAAUCACAAAAAACUAACAUUACAAAAAAUAUUAACAAAAAAAAACUCAUUCAUCUCAGUAUUUUGUUCAAAACAAACUGAGAAAAAAAAUCACAGCCAUAAACAACCAAUCAAUUCUAGAUAAAAUAUUGAAUAUUGAAUCACAUUAAAUAAAAUUGGACUAGAAAUGUACACAAGCCUGUGAAUGAAAUUCUGUAGCUUAGCAGCAUGUUAAUUGUCUUCUUAACCCCUUUUUCCUAUGCUUUUGUUUCCUAUCCUCGUUACUUUUGUUCACAUCUUUCCAUUAGGUGCUCAAACAGUGGUCCAUUGCCUUUUAACAGUAUCCUUAUCCAUCGUUUUUGUUUCUGUCCUUUCCUGGCUUUCCUAUUUCUUGGCCUCAAAACAAGAUUCACCAAAAUCAAUUCCGUUGAUUGGAUAUAAAAUCUCACGUCUAGUGGAACCAACUGCGCCAAGCCCAGUUUAAAUAACUAGCGUUCAAUUUUUUUUAUUUCUUUUUCCAUCUCUACCUAAUUUGAUUGCCCUCUUUCUUUCAAUUAAUAAAUCAACUUCAGAUAAAA